AAGGCAGGGUGACUGCUUGCCAGGCAGCUGGAAAUUCCUUAGUGCCACAAGGCAAACAAAUUCCCAUGGUCCUGCUGACCGCACCUGCCCUCAGCUCCUGCUGAUCAGAGGAUGGUCUCCCCAGCUAUUCCCUUCCUUCUCCCCUUUUCCCAGCAGCUGUAUUGUUUACCAGGUAGGAACAGAGGAAAGAAACACAGCAAUCUGAGAAAGAGGGAAGAAUUGAUUUCUAUGUUGCUUGUAUGCUGCCCAUCCUGCCUCUUUGCAGCUGGCUUCCCUGGGUGGCAAAGUGACCCUGCCUGUGCUGGUGUGGUCGGGUGCAGCGGAUAUCUCAUGGAAGGAGCAUUGUCCUCUGGCUAUAAAUAGCCUGGCUCCUAGCAGGCCACAGGCUUUGGGAAUAACUCUGCUGGUGUCCUGGGGACUUCUGGCCCUGCUCGCCUCCCAUAGGUAGAAGAUGCACUGUGGGGUGCCUGUGCCACUGCUGCUGGAAGAGCACAAAGUCUUAUUUGCUGAUUUGUACAUCUGGUUCUGGGCUGUAACUGGACAUCAGCGCUGCUGACAGCAAGGCAGGGGCAAACCAUUGUUUUUUGACACCUGAGAGAUGAAAGGAACAGAGGCAUCUGUAGGCUGCACAGGAACACUGGCCAGGCCUAAGGGUGUGAGGGGUGCAGUCUGGGCUGCUGAAGGCACAGCCAUGUCUGUCAAAUAGUAUCUGUAUGGAUCAGUUCCUUGGUAGAGUGUAGUAGCACUCUGAACUAAAAAGCCUAAGGGGAGGAGGUAUGUGGGGAAGAAGCAGGAGCCCGGGUAUAAGUCUGUGUAAAAUCAGCCUUGGGAAUUGCUCUUACCUGUUCUGGAGUCCUGUAUUCCGUAGCAGGGAAGGAGUCUACUUUCAUCUGUUUUUGUCACCUUUAUCUUUGUUUUCUUGUGAGCACACCUUGGCUCUGAAGAUAAGGAGGGAGAAGGUUGUUCUGGGCCCUGGCACUGCUAGGGACCAACAGGGACUUUCUCACAGAAAAGACUAACAGCUAGAGACAGCUUUGAAUGACUGGGAGAGGUGAAGGCUGCUGAGGCAUCGGCCCAAAUUUAUGAUGGGACUCUAGCGUGUCCAAGGCUUCCCCCUGCCCAGGGCCAAGUCUUUUUGAACCAUACUGAUUGCAUUCUGGGUGACAGCUGGAGUCUGGUAGGACUGAGGAACUUCUGAGCUGUGGUUAAGAACCUGUUGGAAGGGCGUGCUUGGGUGACAAGGAUGAGGCUGGGAGCAAGUGGUGCGGAGUGCCAACCUGCUGAGUCAGCGUGACUGGCCUGGAGCAGCCGUGCUCUGGACCCUGCCUGCUGCCUGCCAGGCUAUUUUUAAAAACGUAGCUUCCGUGUAUUCUGACUCCUCCUAGUUUUUUAAUUUCCCCCACCACAAGCGGAAAAACUAUCAUUGCCACAAAGUCUCUGUGGGAGCAGGGGUGUGGAAGGGCAGCAGUUUCUGCUCAGGAACAGAGUCUGCUGCUCAACCCGACUGUCAAGGCUGUCGUGUUAUGACGACCCCCAAUAAAGGAAACAAGGCCUUGAAGGUGAAGCGGGAGCCAGGCGAGAAUGGGACCAGCUUGACAGAUGAGGAGCUGGUGACCAUGUCCGUGAGGGAGCUGAACCAGCAUCUACGGGGCCUGUCAAAGGAGGAGAUCAUCCAGCUGAAGCAGCGUCGGCGCACGCUGAAGAACCGGGGCUACGCAGCCAGCUGCAGAGUCAAGCGUGUUACCCAGAAGGAGGAACUGGAGAAGCAGAAGGCAGAGCUGCAGCAAGAAGUGGAGAAGCUGGCCUCUGAGAACGCUAGCAUGAAAAUGGAACUCGAUGCUCUCCGCUCCAAAUACGAGGCUCUCCAGAACUUCGCCAGAACCGUGGCCCGGAGCCCCGUGACCCCUGCGCGGGGGCCUCUCACCUCCAGUAUGGGGCCCCUCGUCCCUGGCAAGGUUGCUACUACUAGUGUCAUCACAAUAGUGAAAUCCAAAACGGACGCCCGGUCUUAGUGAAACGAGUGCUGCCUGAGCUUGUCUGUGCAGGGCAAUUAGGCACAAAACCAGCCUGGAAUCCCCAAAGCACAAACCCUCUCCACAUGGGUCCGGGUUCCUUCGACUUGGCCCAGGACUGGCCCGCUGAUAGCUCCAGUUUAUUUUGUUGUGUCCAGAUUGGUAUGAGCAGUGGUGAUGCGUCCCUUGUCCUGUGCAGACAGAGCCUUCACCCAGCCGUCUGUAGCCCUCGGGUGCCCUGGGGACAGACUCUGCGAAUUUGGUUUUCUACCCAAAGAAAGUCUGUGCAGCAUGGCUAAAGGAAGGGCGGGGAGCAGCCCAAGGGAGGCUUUCUUCCUGGGGGCCAGGAACCCUAAUUUUGGUCACUUCCAAAGGCUUUAUUUCAUGACUAUUCUGGGUGGUGCAUCUCGGCACAUGAACCUGCUGCUUUUGUCUCCUUUGGUACCCGUAGUUGCAGUCGGGGUGUUCUGUGUCAUAGGUUUUUAGUCCUUUCUAGGUGUGCCUCUGUGCCCUAACCGUGGGUUUCCCUCAGAUGUCUGUGGCGUUAGCUGUGUAAACUGGCAGUGGUGGGAAGGAUGACACUGCCGUGCUCUGCAGCUGCAGCCCCAGCGCCGGGCCCGAGCAGGGCCCAGCACCCUGGGGAGGGAGGGACGGUACCGUGUGGACUGCAGGCCGGUUUUGUGCCUAAUGUGUUGCACUGAACAAGACCAAAAUCACUAGUUGUUCCCGUGUUUUGAGGGUAUCAAGUGUCUCUAGUGUGAUGGUUUACACAACCAGUUUAUGUGGUUAAAUAGCCCUUUAUUUAAAGAGAGAAACAUCAUUUUAAGAGUUAUUAAAUUAUCUAAGUUUAAAAUUGGACAGAAGAAAGAGCAUAUUUAUAGUCAGCUUUUUUUACCUGAGAAGGAGAGAAUAUUUGACCAUAUGAAUGGGGAAAUAUUCUCGGAGACUUUGCUAGUUAAAAGUUAAUAAAUAAAUAAUUUUAAAGUUU